UGCCUAUAAAUGUAACAGCUAUUGGACAAAAUCGUACACACAACGAUUACAAUUUUCAAGUGAUUGGAGCAUUCAGAAUUGAACUAGUUAGAACGAAAAAAAUGGAAGGGGGUUUAUUUCCAUCUUGGAAAAAUGGGUCAUGUCAUGGGUUAGAGUUAGAGGAUGUGCAGGAAAAUGAGCAAUUCAAAAUGGUGUCAUCCUUGCCAGCAAUACCUGAACCACCCACACCUCGUGAGCCUAUGGAGUUCUUAUCCAGGUCAUGGAGUCUCUCUGCUUCGGAAAUUUCAAAGGCUCUCUCAGAGAAACAAAAGCAAACGUUUCUCGAUAAGAGUCCAGACACAUUGCCAGAAACCAUUUCUGCACCUCAAUUAGCACCAGGAAAGAUCAUACCUUCCAGUAAUUGUCGAAGGAUGGGAACAAUUGGAAAAUGGUUACAUCAGAAGCAGCAUGGAAAUACAUACAUCACAAAAAGGAAAGACCGGGCGCGUCUAGAAAAUGCGCGUGUGCAUUCUGCGCUAUCUAUAGCAGGACUAGCCUCAGCCUUGGCUGCUGUGGCUGCAACAGAGGACCCUGGUGGUGGAGGUGGCUCUCAUUCUAAAUUGGACGUUGCUUUGGCUUCUGCCACCCAACUCUUAGCAUCAUAUUGCGUUGAAAUGGCAGAGCAAGCUGGCGCAGAUCAUGAGCGCGUAGCUUCCACGGUGAGGUCUGCGGUUGAUAUUCAAACGCCGGGUGAUCUAAUGACUCUUACAGCUGCAGCUGCAACAGCUUUGCGAGCAGAAGCAGCUUUGACAGCAAGAUUGCCAAAAGAGGCGAAGAAGAAUGCGUCUAUAAGUCCCUAUGAUAAGGUGAUAGCAGAAACGCAUUGGGUUCCUGCUUUUGAGGGACAAAUGCGGGAGCGUUAUCCUCCAUGCGUUGGGGAUUUGUUGCAGGUCACUGAAAAAGGUGCAUUACGAUGGAAACAUGUCCAUGUUUACAUCAACAAGAAAUGUCAGGUCAAAAUUAAGAUCAAAAGCAAGCACGUUGGAGGAGCCUUCUCCAAGAAGAAUAAAUCUGUCGUUUAUGGAGUCUGUGAUAAAGAAACUGCAUGGCCUUAUAGAAAAGAAAGGGAAGCGUCAGAGGAGCUUUAUUUUGGACUCAAAACUGCACAAGGUCUUCUAGAAUUUAAGUGUGAGAGCAAACACCACAAGCAAAAAUGGGUUGAUGGGGUAGAGUUUUUACUUCGUCGAGUCAACUCUGUUGAAGGAACAGAGCGUUCUCUUGAAUUUUUAAAUAUUAGUAGCAGCACAUGAUUUUGUUUUCAUUGUAUAUGCCGUUUUUUUUGGUCUAGGCCCUGUAUCCGGACAUGGAGAUCCGGUUAAUUCGAUUUGAGUCAGAUAAGAUUAAUUGUAUAUGUUCAAGGCUCUACAUAAGUUGAAUAUAU